AUGUUUAAGACAACCUUCCUGGAGAGAUUCUUCCCCAGGGAGAUAAGGGAGGCCGAGGUUGAGGAGUUUAUCAACCUUAAACAGGUAUUUUUAAUAGUCAGUGAGUAUUCCCUGAAGUUUGUGAAAUUAUCUAGGUAUGCCACUUCCCUUGUAUGUAACAACAGGAAUGUGAUGAGUAGGUUUCUCACAGGAAUCACAGGAGAUCUGGAGGAGGAGUGUCGGGCUGCGAUGUUCCAUCAUAACAUGGAUCUCUCCCGGUUGGUGGUGCAUGUCCAACAAGUAGAGGAUAGCCGGAAGAAGAUGGGCGUCCGUGAGCAGCCUAGAUUCAAAAAGGGGCAUCACAGUUUGGGGAACUCUAACUUCCAGAGGAGUGCAAUACCUAGAGGAGGCAGAACCGAGCCCAAGAAGGGAAAUGGAGGUGAUGUGCAACGUCCAAGAAAGGACUGUGCCAAGUGUGGCUGUGCUCAUAGUGGAGAGUGCAGGCAGGUCACUAAUGCCUGCUUUGGUUUCGGAAGGAACGGGCACAUGGUCAAGGAAUGCCGACAGAAUAGGGGUCAGGCUGGAGGUAAUGCUCAGAAUAGGCCUAAUCCACAAGGUGCAGCAGCAACCGAUCCUCUUAAGAGUAACAGGUUCUAUGCCCUGAAGGGCAGGGAGGAGCAGGAGAAGUCUGGUGAUGUGGUCACAUGUAUGCUGCAAGUAUUCUCAACUUCUCCUUAUGCCUUAUUUGAUCCUGGGUCAAUGCUUUCCUUUGUAACUCGUUUACUUGCUCUCAGUUUUGAGAUAUUGCCUGAAUUUUUGCAUGAUCCUAUAGUGGAACAGAGUCUUCCGUGA